UUAUAUAUAAACCUUGAUCUAAUCCAUAUUCGGAAAUAAUUUUUUGUACAAAAUAAUUAUUGCAUCAUAAAGAUGUUAUCAUGACGAAAAUCGUAUGUAGUUUUUCAAAAUAUAUAAAACUCGCGUUUGAAACCAGUAAAUGGUCACAUUGCAAAUGUUACAAAUCAUCAAACUUCAUAUUGCGUUUAUUUGUGGUUUAGCUUUCCUAGGGUUAUUCUAUGUGAGAAUCAUUUCUACAGACGAACGUUGUAUUUUCUGCAAAAUCUGUGCGCAUAAAGCAGAAGCGGAAAUUUUAUAUGAAGAUGGAGAAUUCAUUGUGUUCAAAGAUAUCAAACCAUCCGCUGAACAUCACUAUUUAGUAAUUCCUAAAAUUCAUAUUAGAGGGGCUAAUGUUUUAAGUAAAGAGCAUUUGCCGAUGUUAGAAAAAAUGGAACAUUUAGCAAAACAAAUUUUACAAGAACAAGGAGCUUCCUUAGACGAUAUCCGUUUGGGCUUCCAUUGGCCACCUUUUAACAGCAUUAAUCAUUUACAUUUACAUGCAAUGGGACCUGUUAAAAAUAUGAGAAUUAUAUCAAAGUCAAUAUAUAAACCUGAUUCAUUUUGGUUUGUUACCCUGGAUUAUAUGUACAAUAGACUUAACAAACUCUAAUUAUUCUUGUUGUACUAACUUUUAGAUAAUUAUAUACUGACGUUUUUAAAUUUUAGAAAUUGAUGGUUUUUUGAUUGUGAUACUACAUAAUUGUUUGUUUUUAUUAAUGGUUAUAUAAAAAAUGUAACUAAUAAAUCAAGGGUAAAUAAG